GAAGGCAGAUAAUCAUAAGAUCCGUUUUUUUGGCUCGUAUAUAUAAAUUAAAAAAAAUCAAAUCUUUAUAUGUAUAUAUAAAGAUCUAUAUAUAAUAAAAAGAAGAAGAAACUGUAGUCUAUAUAUAACAACCUGGUAAUGCAGAAUAAUAAAAUUAAAAAAAAAAAUUUUAAAAACAGUUCAUUUGCCAAAAAAGAAAAACAGAGUCAACAAAAAUGGCAACCUUCAAAACAACCAAAAAACACCAUAAACACAUAAACAACCCUUUCCCAUCAAAGCCAAAGACUCUACCUUUCAUCAAAGGAGCUCUGAUUUUCGAUCCACACACACUCCCACCACACCGAAUUUACGAUAUUGGCCUCGAUUUUCAUCUCAAUUGGUCAUCAGACAAUGGUGGGUCCCUCUCAAUUCACCACAACUCUCAUCCCACAAGAUCAAUUUGGUCCACCGUACCGGGCCGGGCCUUCGUUUCCGCAGGUGCAGCGGAUACCGAAGUGGAGGAGAGCAGAGGAUCAUUCCUCAUCAAGGAUGGAGAAAUCCACUUACUAUGCAAUCAUCAAACUAUUGAAGAGAUAAGGAUCAUACAGCAAGAAUCUUCUCUUCUGAUCAAAGGAAGGAUUUUUAGUGUGAGAGAGAAGAAAAAAGGGAAUCAAGAAUCUUUUGAGGUUGUGGAGAAAGGACAGGUGGCAUUUUAUGCUAAGUAUUGGAUGGUGUUUGAUCAGAGGAAUUGUAAUCAAGUCGGGUUUCGGUUGCGAUUCGGAAAGCCGAGUUUCGGACAGAAGCAGAAGCUGAAGCAGAAGCUGUCUCCGAAAAGCUAUGGCUACAAAGGGUUUGGUCGAAAAGUCGGUCGGAUUCGAAGAGUUAGAGUGGUUGGUUGGUGUGGAUGUUUUUCGAGGAAGAGGGUGGUUGUAUCGGCUUCACAAGAGGACGAAAAUGCUGCGAUGAAGAAUGCGAUUUUGCCCGAUUUUAAUAGGGUUUGUGUGACGUAUUCGAGUGAGAAAAACGAGAGGUUUUUUGGUUUCGGAGAGCAGUUUUCGCACAUGGAUUUUAAAGGAAGGAAAGUGCCGAUUUUCGUUCAAGAACAAGGAAUUGGGAGAGGGGAUCAACCUAUCACUUUUGCUGCUAAUUUGGUUAGCUUCAGGGCAGGGGGUGAUGACAGUACAACUUAUGCUCCUUCGCCUUUUUACAUGACGUCGAAGAUGAAAUCGCUUUAUCUAGAAGGAUACAAUUACUCGGUCUUCGAUCUAACUAAGGAUGAUUGUGUUCAAAUACAGAUACACGGAGAUACGAUCGAAGGUAGAAUACUGAACGGAAACUCGCCCGUUGAGCUUAUCGAACACUUUACAGAAACCAUAGGGAGGCCGGAGAAGCUUCCGGAUUGGAUAAUUUCAGGAGCUGUUGUAGGCAUGCAAGGCGGCACCGAUAAAGUACGAAGCAUCUUGGACGAGCUACGAGCCAAAGAUACUCCAAUAUCUGCAUUUUGGUUGCAGGACUGGGUAGGACAAAGGAAAACGGUUAUCGGUUCGCAACUAUGGUGGAACUGGGAAGUGGAUUCGCAUAGAUAUUCGGGAUGGAAACAAUUAAUCGAAGAUCUAAGUGCUCAGCAUAUUAAAGUGAUGACGUAUUGCAAUCCUUGUUUAACUCCGAUGGGUGAAAAGAGAAAUGUAAGAAGAAACCUAUUUGAGGAGGCGGUGAAAUCGGACAUACUAGUGAAGGACAGUGAAGGAGGAAUAUACAUGGUUCCUAAUACAGCUUUCGAUGUCGGAAUGUUGGAUUUUACGCAUCCGAAAACGGCAGGUUGGUUCAAACAGAUUUUGCAAGAAAUGGUGGAUGACGGAGUUAGAGGAUGGAUGGCUGAUUUUGGCGAGGGUUUACCCGUCGAUGCCUGUCUCUAUUCAGGAGAAGAUCCGAUGACUGCACACAACAGAUAUCCGGAGCUGUGGGCAAAAAUAAACAGAGAAUUCGUCGAAGAAUGGAAAGCCAGUCGAAUCGGCAAAGCUAAGGAAGAUCCACAAGAGGAUCUAGUUUUUUUCAUGAGGGCCGGUUUUCGAGAAAGCCCGAAAUGGGCAAGUCUAUUUUGGGAAGGCGACCAAAUGGUUAGCUGGCAAGCCAACGAUGGGAUCAAGAGUGCUGUCUUAGGUUUACUCACUAGUGGAAUUUCGGGCUACGCUUUCAACCAUAGCGAUAUCGGAGGCUAUUGUUCUGUCAGCUUACCGUUUUUCAAGUACCAAAGGAGUGAAGAACUUCUCCUUCGAUGGAUGGAGCUCAACGCAUUCACCACUGUUUUUCGAACACACGAAGGAAACAAGCCGUCUUGCAAUAGUCAGUUCUACUCGAACCAGAGGACUCUAUCUCACUUUUCACGGUGUGCGAAGAUAUACAAAGCGUGGAAGUUUUACAGAAUCGAGCUCGUAAAGGAAGCUUCUGAAAAGGGGUUGCCUGUUUGUCGACACCUAUUCCUUCAUUAUCCGGAAGAUGAAUACGUGCAGACACUAACAUACGAGCAGUUUCUAGUCGGCACAGAGAUACUAGUAGUGCCGGUUCUUGACAAAGGAAAGGGAGUUGUUAAGGUUUACUUCCCGCAAAGCGAGAGCUGUUCUUGGAAGCAUGUUUGGACAGGAAAAAUAUAUCCGAAACAAGGCACCGAAAGUUGGGUCGAAGCUCAAAUAGGAUAUCCGGCUAUUUUUGUCAAGGAAGGAUCCAAAAUCGGAGAAACAUUUCUGAGAAACCUUAAAGCUUACGACAUCCUAUGAAUCGGAUCAAUAGAAUUGAUUGUGUAAUAACGAAGGUCAUUGUUCGUUACAUUUCAAGUUUUCGAACUUUUCCAUGUAAUGGAACAUCAAGAUGUAAAUAGACAGCAUCAUUAAAAUUCAAUUUUAUGUCAAAAUUUCACU